AUGGAGACCCUGCCAGGAGAUUUCCUCUGCUUUCCACAGCUCAACUCCUCCUGCAAGAAGCCUACUCAUCCACACACUGAGGCCAUGCUGAUCUAUGUGCUGCUUUCUUCCAUCUCACUGAUCACUGUCGUCCUCAACCUGCUGGUCAUCAUCUCCAUCUGCCACUUUAGGCAGCUCCACAGCCCCACCAACCUCCUCAUCCUCUCCCUGGCUGUCUCGGACCUCCUCGUGGGCCUCCUCCUGAUGCCGGUGGAAAUCCUCUACAUAGAAGCCUGCUGGUUUCUGGGUGACAUUCUGUGCACGGCGUAUUAUCUCGUAGACUACGUUAUCACCUCGGCAUCAGUAGCCAAUAUGGUGCUCAUAUCAGCUGACCGCUACAUAGCUAUUUGUGACCCGCUGCAUUACCCGACCAAAGUGACCACGAGAAGAGUGCAGAACUACGUUUGUUUCGGCUGGAUUUCGUCUGCUAUCUUCAGGUUUUUCCUUUUACACGAUCACCUGGAGAAACCGGGCCGCUCCAACUCCUGUUUGGGGGAGUGCGUGGUCGUCAUUAAUUAUGCUGCGGGAGUAGCCGACCUCGUGUUCACGUUCAUCAUUCCCAUCCUUUGCAUCAUAGUUCUGUAUCUGAGAGUGUUCGUGGCGGCUUUGUCUCAGGCCCGAGCCAUGCGGCCCCGCGUUGCGGCUCCGACGGCCCGACGGGCCGUGACGGCGAAGAAAAAAGAGAUGAAAGCCGCCGGAACCCUGGGUUUGGUUGUGAUUGUCUUUUUGUUCUGUUUCUGCCCCUACUAUUACCCCGCGCUGGCAGGCAAAGACACCUCAAUCGACGCCUCUUCCGCUGCAUUUGACAUCUGGCUGGCGCAUUUUAACUCCUGUCUGAACCCCGUCAUCUACGCCUUUUUCUACCCCUGGUUCAGAAAAUCCAUUCAGCUCAUCACGACACUGCAGAUUCUGAAGCCCGGCUCCUGUGAUGCCAACGUGCUAUAG